AUGGUGGGCUGGGAGCCACAGGAGGGAGCCAUCGACCUGCAGGGCCUGGUCAGCAAGGUGGACAUGGGCACCCUCUUCAACGUUGUGUACGAGUCGUUUAAUUGGCGUCACGGUGUGUUUGUGGGAGCCUCUAUGAGGUCUGAGGCCACAGCAGCUGCUGAGUACAAAGGCAAGGUCAUAAUGCACGACCCCUUCGCCAUGCGCCCCUUCUGUGGCUACAACUUCGGGGACUACCUGGCCCACUGGCUGAGCAUGGAGACCCGCAAGGGCCCCACCCACCUGCCCAAUAUCUUCCAUGUCAACUGGUUCCGCAAGGACCCCACGUCGGGCUCCUUCCUCUGUCCGGGCUUUGGCGACAACGCCCGCGUUCUGGAGUGGAUCUUCAAGCGCUGCAGCCGCGAGAGGGAGGAUGAGGCGGCCAGGAAGAGCAUGGUGGGCUGGGUGCCACAGGAGGGAGCCAUCAACCUGCAGGGACUGGGCAGCAAGGUGGACAUGCGUGCCCUCUUUGACCUGCCCAAGGCCUUCUGGGAGAAGGAGACCCAGGAGCUGAGGGCAUACUUUACCGAGCAGGUGGGAGCCGACCUCCCCCAACAGGUGGAGGGAGAGCUGAAGGCUCUGGAGGACAGGGUCAGGAAUUGAGAGGUGGAGGGACCAGAUGAUUCAGAGAGAGAAGAGAGAAAGUAUGGACUAUUGGACACUACACUAUGCUGAUGCUGCAAUAUGGUGGGGAUGGGGAUAUGGUGGGACUGACAGAAAAGGGACUAACAAGCUAAUUGCAGUUUGGUGGAAACUGCUUUUCCUAUAUGUGGGUACAUGUAAACCAACGUUUCUAAAUUGUAAGAAAAUACAAUGAUAUGAUGCGACUGCAUCACUGACGAAUGCAGUUCGGCCGCCACUCACUGUCAGUGGCUAUAUGAGUAGAUAUUAGGUGAUAUUAGCAGAAUCAGUGUUUAGCAGUACCUUACUGACAUCUUGCAAUAAAGGCAUUGGAUGUUUUCUAACUAUAGCCCAAAGAAUCAUCUAAUCAUGACAAGCUUUAAUAUCCAUAUUAAUUUCAACAUUUUUGCAGAAUGUUACGUCAAUAUCCUUUUAUUUGCUCACUAGUCCCUGGGAUUACUGAAUGACCAUUGGCUUGGACCAUGUGGAGGAAAUACAUCUGGUUGGCUCGGGGGGAAAGAUUAAUUAGCAUUUUUUCUCACUUUUAUAUUAAUAAAUAUGAUUAUAAUCUAAUGUUUACACACAAGAUAUGCAAACUGUUGGACCAAUAAAACUGAGAUUUAAUGGAAAUUGAACGUAAAGGUUUUUAUUACAGUGCAAUUAAUAAACAUCAAAUUCAGCCUCAA